AUGCCCAAGAAGAAGACCGGACAGAGGAAGAAGUCAGAAAAGAAUAAGAUUCGACUUAAAGAGAUUCGUCGAAGUCGUUUUAACAUUCCCUUAGCCAAUCAUCCCUGCAAUGCCAGCAUGGAGUGCGACAAGUGCCAGAAGAUGCAGAAGAACCGCGCCUUCUGCUACUUCUGCGGGGCGGUGCAGCGACUGCCGAUGUGCGCUCAAUGCGGCAAGCAGAAGUGCAUUCCGAAGGGUGAUUGCGUUGUAAAACACGGCUCUGCGCAUGUCACCGGUCUGGCUAUGGUGGGCGCAAUCUGCGAUUUCUGCGAGGCCUGGGUGUGCCACGGACUGACAUGCCUGCAGACGCACGCUUGCUCCUGUCCUAUGCAGGACUCCAUCUGCGUGGAGUGCCACCGUGAUAUCUCCGAGCAUGGUGGCCGCAUGUUCACCUGCGCUUUCUGCGCGAAGCACCUCUGUGGUGACGACCAGUUUGAACAUCAGGCCAGCUGCCAGCGCCUAGAAUCGGAGACUUUUAAAUGCCCUUCCUGUAACCGCAUUGGGUCGAACGCCUGCAUGCGAUGCAAAGCCGUUUUCUGCGACGAACACGCCAAACGCAAGGGCUUCAAGUACGCGCCGGGCCAGCCCAUCCCAUGUCCAAAGUGCGGUCACCCUCUGGACCAGGCCUUCUGCCUAAGCAUUUCAACUCGACAGUAUGCCUUUGGAAGGCAGAGACAGAUCCUCGAUGAGGAGGGAGAGUGGGGUGACUAUAGCGUUUACGAUGAUGAUGACCAAGCCGACGAGGCGUCCUCUGAAGAAGACGAGGAAGGCGAGGACGAAAAUAACGUAGUUGCGGCGAUGGGCAAAAUAGAUCUCCAUGGUCGCGAGCACGUGCAGAAGAGCUACGAAGCCGAAAGCAUGGCUGGACGACAACUAGCGUCCAGCGAGCCAGAAUGUGGAGACCAAAGUAGCCGAUGCAGGUAA